AUGUCUAUUUCAAAAAGGAAGUUAUUACAAAAGUCAGAAGAAAGAUUUGCAAGCUUAAAGAUAAAUGAAUUCUUUUUGAACCCUUUUGAUGAGUGGAAGGAAGUUCCUUUUUAUAAGACACUAUUGCUUUGGUCAAGACGAUGGAAAGGAAACGGUAUUCCGAGCAAUGAAGUUGAACUUGAUAGGUCUUUACCUUGCAAGAAACCGUGUUUGACUCAUAUCUUUAAACAACACGACAAGAUAACGUUUACUUGGCUUGGACAAUCGACAUGUCUCGUAACAAUCGGAGGGUUAACUAUUUUGACAGACCCGGUGUUUAGCAAACGAUCUAUCAACGAUUACCUCGGGCCAAAACGAUUACGACCCAUUCCAUGUCGAUUGGAAGAAUUUAUAGAUAAAAUAGACAUUGUUCUUGUUUCGCAUGAUCACUUUGAUCACUUGGAUGAAAAUGCAGUUCGAAAAUUGGGCAACACUGUCUCUUGGUAUAUUCCUCUCGGUCUUGGUCGUUGGUUUUCCAAGCGAGGCAUUACUAGAUUUGUCGAGCUAGAUUGGUGGCAAAAGGUGGACCAUCAAGGUACUACUAUUGUUUGUGUGCCUGCGAUGCACUGGAGUGGCUCAAGAACACCAUUUGAAAAGAACAAUACACUUUGGUGUAGCUUUGUGAUCAAAUCAACAAAACACAGCUUCUUUUUUUGUGGUGACACCGGUUACUCCCCUGAGCUGUUUCAAGCCAUUGGCAACAUGUAUGCACCCUUUACCUUAGCUGCUAUACCCAUAGGAAGUUACUUGCCAAUGGAGUUAAUGAAGCAUUUACACAUGGGUCCUACAGAUGCUAUUCAGGCUCAUCGUGACCUUGGAUUUCCCCGUUUAUCCAUUGGUAUUCAUUGGGGCACGUUUAUGAUGUCGGACGAAAAUUAUUUGGCACCAAAAAAGGUACUGGAGACGUCUUGGCAGUUGAAGAAGCAAGAAGUGGAGAAGGAAAGUGAGUUUAUUACGACAGCAUUUGGCGAAACCAUUGUCCUGUAA